GCCAUCUAAAGCGGUUUUGAACAACUUUUGUUGAACAAAAAUAAAACAUUGUGUUGUUAGGUGUUAAACGACACGUGUUUAUGUGAAAAGUGGUUAAUUUAUUUUUAAUUAAUCAAUUUAUAUAUGAAAGUGAAUUAGGUGUAUCUAUUUUAGUGGAAAUAAAGUACUUUUUACUUUAUAACAAAUGUGUAGUAUAGGGGAUGAUAUUUAUGAUCAUGAAGAAGAAAAAACUAUACCCGUUACGAAAAGCUUAAAAUUAUUUGAUUUGUGCAAUAAAUGUCGAUCGGAAAAGCCUCGGCUAGUUUUAAGAACUAAAGACGCAUAUUGUAACAAUUGUUUUUUAUCCUCAACUGUUCAUAAAUUCAAAGCUUACCUUGGAAAAUCUCAUUUGAUACAAAAAAAUGAUAGAGUAUUAGUUUGGCAUCAAAUUGGUCACCCUAGUACGUCUUUAUUACAUUUUUUAAGAUCAGGUCUAGAUCUGAGUUCUUCUAAAAAGUUGCAAUUUGUACCAAUCAUACUUUUUAUUGAUGAUCAAUACCACCUAAAUUUGAAUGAAAGAUUAAAUUUAUUACAAAAAGCUAAACAAGAAAUAUUAUCUUUUGGUUUCCAAUUUAAUACAGUUUCAUUCGCUGAUUAUGCUACGAAUCCCAAAAAUUUGAAUAAAUUGUUUUUUAUUGAUAUACCACAAAUAUCUGAAUUGGACAAACAAAAAUUAGAAGAUGUUAUAAACAAGAAAACUUCUAAAACUCAUGCAAACGAUAUAAAAGUAUUAAUUAGAAGACAAUUAUUGACAGAUGCAGCUAAAUAUUAUCAAUGCAAGUUUGUAUUUACACCUGAAAUAUCCGUAGAAGUUGCAUCUAGCCUUCUAUCUAAUAUGUCACUUGGAAGGGGCCCUCAUGUUGCAAUAGAUGCGGGAUUUUGUGAUGAUAGAGAUGUUGAUGUGAAAAUUAUAAGACCACUUAGACAAUUUGAUAUGAAGGAACUUGCGUUUUACAAUAAAAUUAAUAACCUGGAACCACUUUCAGUACGACAGAAAAGUUUAAAUCCCUAUUCGUCCGUACAGGAUUUAAUGAAAAAAUUUGUAACAGAUUUGCAAAUCAAUUAUCCAGCUACGGUUAAUACCAUUUUGAGAAUAGGGGAUAAAUUGAGCGUUGAUAGGGAUUGUGAAAGGUUUUGCAGUUUAUGUAAGGGGCAAUUAUCAGUGAUAAACGACCAACUUACUUCACAUCAAUCGACGACUUUUUCUCAUUUGGUGUCAACUGAAAAACAUGAUUAUACAAUUUCAAGACAAGAUCGGUAUCAAAAUAUUUUUAACGUUUUUGAUGAAAGAGUUGUAGAUAAAGAAAAUUUAUGUUAUGCUUGUUCCAAUAUUAGUGACAAUGUGAAGUUUAAUUAAUAAAAUUUUGAAAUAUUAAAGAGUUGGAAUUCUUUGAUUUACUCUAUAACCAUUUCUAUUGAAAGGAGUCAAUAUAAUGUAUAUACGAUACUCAUCCCUUUUUUAUAGGGGUUAAACUAAGGAGGAUAUAAAUAAUUGUUUCAAAUGAAAAGUUGAUUUUUUUUUCAAUUUAUUGGAAGAAAGAUUGAGGGUAGUAAAUUUACAAACCAACAACUCUAGUUGAAGUUUGGUUUUUGUCAUGUAGACCAGAAUACUUAUACCUUUAUAUCCAGUUUCAAAAGUAACGACAAUCAAAUUUAUAAAUAUUUUAAAAUUCCUUUUAAUGGGUCCACCUCAUGAGCUGGGGCUGGAUCAAAUACUCACUGUUAGGUUCCUCUACAUCUUACAGACAAAUAUUUUUCUACCAAUGCACUGAGUCUAAGUGUCAUCGGCUCAUAACCAACAUAGGAGUCCAAAAGAAAACUUGUUUCUAGUAUCUGGGAUCAUAAAAAUGAAACCUAGAAGAAAGCCCUGGUUUAAAUGGGAUCAACAAAAAUCCCAUGCCAACAAUUUGAAGCUGACUUUGGAAUGUAAAAAAAACUUAAUGAAAUGGUGUCUUUCUCAUCUGAGUCCCUGAUUAAAUUGGGAUCAAAAAAAAAUAGAGGCUAAAACAGGAAAGAGAUCAUAAGCUCCCAUGUUAUCACCUUGGAGCUUAUAUGGGAGGGUAGAAGAAAACUUGAUGAAAUUGAGUCUCUUCUGAAGUAAUGGUAAAACUGGGUUAAAAAAAUUGGGAU